AUGACAUGCUCUCAUGUAGCCGCUGUGCUGGCAAUGAUUCUCCUGCAAGCUGAUGCAAAAGGUGGGACAUCAGGGACAGGAUCGCGGUCAGGGUCAGGAGGCGGAGGUGGUGCGACCAGCCGAUCCUCCUUUCAGACUGCGUAUGCGUACGGCACGUUUGUGAUGCUGACGGCGGGAAGCCGACGCCGCUACGGCGUGUUCAAUGACCCGAAUGACCGGGGAGAGUGCCGCCUAGCAUCCGAAGGGGAGAUGCGUAGUGCUUGUGGCAACCUGAUGUCUUCUGAAGAACGUUGCCAUGCUUGCCUGCAGUGCGUAGAUGAGUCCUGCAUGGGGACGGUGGAUAAUUGUGAUGAGUUCUUGUCUGCGUCGUUCCUGGAGUGCUGCGGUCCUGGGGACUGUGGUCUCGAAGCUGGCGCCAUUAUCGGCAUCAUUUUAGGUGCCAUUGCCCUCUUCGUCUGCUGUUGCUUCCUCGUAUAUCUCAAGAUCCAGGAGUACGAAGGGGAGGACUCCGACCAACAGGAGCAGAAGGAGAAGGCCGAAGCCGACUCGAGUCUCCAGGCUGGCCUGAAUCCAGCCGCUGUGUCAGAUGUGGCGGUGCUUCCAUGCCAGGUGGUGAUCGGCCAACCCGUGUCGAACCAGGAGCUGAUGAACGAGUCUGUGCUGAUGAAGGAGACCAACCUCCCGAAUUGCAUUGGGGAGACCAAUCUCGACCAGGGCGAGGCGAUGUUUCUGAUGGGCACGGCCCCAGUGGAUGUGGCACCGAAGGUGCUCCUGGCGGGCAGUGAGGUGGUGGAGGAAGGGCCAUUUUCCGUGUGGCCUUCGCGGCUUCCCAAUCCAUUUCCGACGGACGGUACUGUAGUUUGUGUACAUCAUUUCGCUGAGUCUGGCAGUGUCAGCAGCUUGUCCAUGCAUGUUUUGCAUCGCGCAGUGAUUUGCCUCAAGCAGCCCGGACUCGCCAUGAAGGGAAGUUACUUACUGUGGCUGUGUGGGUUGGUGCGGAUUGUCCAAAGUGAGAUAUCCAACCAAUCCUUUGAGACAGCAGUGAACACGUCCAUCAGUGCUGGCGGGCAGCCCCUGGUUGUGGUCACCUACAACUUGUAUUGGUGGUGCGUGUCGGACGAGUACGGGAACUGCCCGCAAAAUAAAGAUGGGAAGGGAUUCCAGAAGUUGUUCGCGCGAAUACAGCAGAACGGCCCGUUUGACCUUAUUGGCUUCCAAGAAUGCGACGACGUAGGUAAAGUCAUCGGUGGGACCAGUUUAGCCGCCAGCUUUGAGUACUACACUCCUAAGAAAGGCAACGACGCCCCCAUGGCGUGGCAGCACUCUAAGUUCAUUGCAAUCGAAGGGCCUGGCACGGCUUGGAUCUCCAGGGACAAGUACGGAGACCGCCACAUGAACUGGGUUCGGCUCCAGGUCAUUGGCAGCGCAGCUACAAUCUUCUUUGCGAAUACGCACGGACCCUUAGAUCAAUGCGGUGGUGGACCUGGUGAAACAGUUGCCUCCAACUACGUCAAUGCGGUUUACAGCCACAAGAAGCCGGGCGAUCUGGUCGUCUUCACUGGCGACUUCAAUUGCGGCCAAAACCAAGACACAAUCAAGAAGCUAGCUCAGGCGUUCGAGCUUGAUGCCACAGACACUUCGUACAACGGUGCCGACCACAUCUUCAGCAGUGGGGGUACCAGAGUCUUGUGGAAAGGCUCCAGUCCCGGCUCGCCCUCCGACCACCAGCUCCUGAAGGCUGUUCUGGAAGCGUCGGCGCCGAGCCCUCCAAGCCCUCCGAGCCCUCCAGCGCCCCACCCGUCUGGCUGCCCGGUGCCACCGGACAACGGGGGCUGUUGCACCAGCUGCAGCAGCAAUCACUAUUGCCCGAGCAACAAGGGUUGCUACUCCACUGGCCAAAGUGGCUGCAUUGGCGGCUACUGUCCUGCACCGGCUGUAGAAGAAGUCCUUGUGUGA